AUGUCAAAUCUACAAAAUCUACCAGCGGAAAUACUGUGUGCAAUUUUCGCUUAUACUUGGGCAGUUGACGCUCUACGCUCUCUAUGUUUGGUUUCAAGAAAGCUCUUCGGCAUCGCACAGCCUCUACUUUAUCAAGCAGUGUUUCUGGAUCUUACCGAUCUAACGGUUAGUUCCUUACGGCCACUGUCACUCUUAGCUCGCACUGCUAUCUCUUGUCGCUUUUUAGCUGCCCGAAUACGGCGCAUAGUCAUUCAUCUUGCCUUCGACGGCGACCUGAUUGACCAUCCAAGAAGUCUUAUUGGAGUCCGUUCCGCGGGCUUGCAGUCUCGCGCAUAUCAAUCGCGCACUGUUACACCCAUUACAUCUUCCAGAAUUUCUCAAGACCUAGAUAAGGAUGAUCGGUGCUCCAAAAUUAUUGCGUCUGCUUCACUACUCUUCGUUAAUACAUCCAACCUCGAAAACCUGACCAUUCCGACUAGCUUUUGCAGCCUCAAGUGGUUAACAACUCUUCGUUCGAUGCCUGUUGAUGUCAACAACAAGCCAUCACCAUCACCGUUGGAAGGGUUGAGGCUUUUGCAUCUUGUGGACACAAACGGCGGACGGAUGAACGGGACUAAACUCAGCCUCACAGACAUAAUGCCACUUUUGUCGUUACCACAACUGGACAAGAUUCAUGUCGAUAACUGCUGUGGACAUAUUCCGGGUAUAUCAUCUUACUUGUUACCGGAACGUGCUCCUCCUGGAACUUUUAACUUCUCCGAAAUAUCCUUUCGAAACAGUUGUGUGGAUGCAAUCAGCAUUCACACGCUCAUUGCGGCCUGCAAGUCUUUGCAAUAUUUUGAUUACUUUGCUUGUGCAAGCCCGUUCAACCAGUUCAAUCCUCGAGAAUUGAGGUCAGCACUCAAUUACCAACAAAGCAGCCUGAAACGACUAAAUGUAUCCUUCUACAAUAAUUUGGAAGUAAGUGCCAAUGUGCAGAUUUGGAGGGAUAUGUCAUACGGAUCUUUCCUCGGUUUUAGUAACCUGGAAGCAUUGGAUGUGGACCAAGUAUUUUCAGAUGUGUUGCCGGAUCUUCCUCCUAGCCUAAAGACUUUCGGCCUUCGGAACUGCUACGCGCCUGUAUACCACACUAUCUCUUAUUUAGCUCAAAAGGUAGAUUUAGGAGCGAUUCCAUUGCUCAAGGAAGUCUAUUUGAGUACGGACGUUUUGGCUCCGGGCAAAAUGCUCGAGUUGCCGUCCAGGGGAGCCACAGAUGUUUUGUUCUACGAGGCUUGCAACUGUUUGGAAAACCUUUUUGCUGGAACAGACGUCUCCCUCAGCUUUGAGAGUGAUCUUUUGGCACACAUGGUCCAUGACUACAGUUUUGCAUUCGAGUUUGACCGGUCGGGCCAAUUCUGGCCAUUGAUAUAUCUCAAAUGA